AUGGUGCAAGAAUACGUUUCCCCUGUCAGGGUUCACAAAUAUUCGUUCGAAAUGGUGAUGGCUGCGUACGAGAGGCGGUUCCCCAACUGCCCCCAGAUCCCGGUGGUGAUCGACUGCGUGAUCACCGAGGACAGCUGGUCCGCGGACGACUCGCAGCGCUACACCACCAGGAGGUGUCAGCUGAACGUGGACGCGCCCUAUCUGCUAAAGAAGAUGAUCGGCGUGGACUACGUGUACUUCAUCCAGAAGAACCACCUAGACCUGAAGAACAGGGUGCUGGAGAUCGAGGCAACCAACGAGUCCUUCUCCUCAAGGGUCGGCGUCGUCGAGAAGUGCAGAUAUUACGUACACCCCGAGAACCCGGAUUGGACCUGCUUCGAGCAGAGCGCCCUGCUGGACGUGAAGAACUUCUUCGGGCUGGAGAACACGGUGGAGAAGAUCGCGAUGAAGCAGUACGCCGCCAACAUUGCCAAAGGCAAGGAACUGAUCGAGUCCUUCAUGGCGGAGGUGUUGGCUGAUGGCGUCAAGGACCUACAACCCUGGCGGGCAGGCGAGCUGACGAGGAACAGGGAGCUGCGGCGUGUGGUCGCCCGUGGCACGGAACCCCUCUCCCCGCUGGCGGCGCCGGAGGCCGCCAGGCUCUCGCUGCCAGGCACCUCGAGUCACUCGAAGAAAUCGAGCGCCCUCUCACUGCGGCGGUCUAUCAGCAGCGUGCGGACGCGGAGCAAAUCGGCGUCGAAGCUCGCCUCCGAGUCAGCGCCGAGCCUUUCGCGGAUCCGUCUCAGGUCCAAAUCGUCCACCUCGAGGGCAGCCGCGGAUCUUGAGGAACGGGCGGACGUCCGCCCCCACAAGUCUACUUCCACGGAGUCCAGAACGCGGCUCGACGGGAAGCGUGUCACGCUGUCCGAGCCCAGCUUCCCCAGACGGGGCUCUGGUGGCAGGGGAUUGGAGGAGUUCAAAUCGUGCGAUUGCGACCCUCGCGACUGUCUGCUCAACCGCAACGCUUGGACCCUUCUCGUGGUGUUCCUCCUCGCCGUGAUCCUAAUGCUCUCCCUGCCCCUCUCCCUGAUGUACGUCGACAGCCGCGGGCGGCUG